ACGAACUUUCGCUGGUCAUCUUAAGAGUAAAAUAAAAAAAUAUAUCACAAUUAUCCCAUCUAUUAAGUCACAUAUUCAUAACUUAUGACUUAACUUAAAAUUAUAUUAAUUGUUGUGUGUCGUGUAAGUGAGUUGUUAUUUAACAAAAUUUAAUAAUCAAAUUAACGUGAUUUUAUAACUAAAUACCGACAUUUCAAGGUUAUGAUAACUGAGAAUGUGAUUAAAUUUAACCCACAGACAUUGGACAUUAAUAAUAUAUAUACAUAUCAUAUCAUAAUUAAUUAAAAGUGCUCAAUAAAAAGUGUUGUAUUGUAUUUAUUUGAAAUAAAUACUGAGACAGAUAUGAGCUCACAACAGAGUCCAGCAACCAUGCAAACUAGUGUUGAUCGUGAAAAAGUUUAUACAUGGAUUAUCGAAUUAUCAAAUCCAGAGACACGUCAAAAUGCGUUGCUCGAAUUAAGUAAGAAACGUGAAGUCGUGCCAGAUUUAGCACCGAUGCUUUGGCAUUCCUUUGGCACAGCUGCGUCUUUAUUACAAGAAAUAAUAAAUAUUUACCCGGCAAUAAAUCCAGCAACGCUUACUGCACAUCAGAGUAAUAGAGUUUGUAAUGCACUAGCAUUAUUACAAUGUGUUGCUAGUCAUCCUGAAACACGUUCUGCAUUUUUACAGGCACAUGUACCUUUAUUUCUAUACCCAUUCUUACACACCGUCAGCAAAACACGUCCAUUUGAAUACUUGCGACUGACCAGUUUGGGUGUAAUCGGCGCACUUGUAAAAACUGAUGAACAAGAAGUCAUAACGUUUUUACUGACCACUGAAAUAAUUCCUCUGUGCUUGAGAAUAAUGGAGAGCGGAUCUGAAUUAAGUAAAACUGUUGCCACGUUUAUUUUACAGAAAAUACUCCUAGAUGACAGCGGCCUGUCUUACAUCUGUCAAACUUAUGAUAGAUUUAGUCACGUCGCUAUGAUUUUGGGUAAAAUGGUGCUUUCAUUAGCUAAAGAUCCGUCUGCGAGACUACUCAAGCAUGUUGUCAGAUGUUAUUUGAGACUUUCUGACAAUCCUAGAGCACUCUUGGCGUUACGUCAAUGCCUACCUGAUCAAUUACGUGACAAUACAUUCGCAACUUGUCUACAAGAAGAUAAAUCAACAAAACACUGGUUAAACCAAUUGCUUAAAAAUUUAGAAGCCGGUCCACCUUCACAAACUGGACCCACUCAACCUGGACAACCAGAUCCUAGGACAAUUGGUAUGUCACCUCUUACAUCAUAGUUUAUACGAUAAUUUUUGAUAAAUAAUAAUAAUUAUAUAACAAUAAUGAUAUCAAGUAGUAUAGUAAUAAUGAUAAACUAUAAAUUUUAUUUUUAAAUUUAUCAACUGAAGGACUAAAACUUGUAAAAAGAAAAAUAGCCGAAAGUACUUUUUAAAUUUUUAUUAAAGUUAAAUGUAUUCGAUAAAUAUAAACGAGCAAAUAGAGUUCAUAUGAUUAAAAAGAAAGAAAAAAUAUAAAAUGUUAAAAAAAUACAGCAGUUCGUUCAAUUAAACGUUCUAUUGAAUAAAAAGUGUAGCUUUGUAUUUAUAAUUUUGCUCGCAUGAUUUUAAAUUUCUUAUUUUUUUUUUUUUAUUUUACUUUUUUCUGGGGUAGUAAAUAAUGUAUUAAUUUUAUUUUAAUUUUCUUAUUGAGCUUGUCUAUAAUUGUUGUAUCACACAGUUAAAUUUAUUCUUUAAUUAAUUUAUAAUGUAAAUGAAAAAAAAUUACAUUAUGUGUGAUAUGACGUUUUGAACGAUAUAGCCAAGUAAUUAUAAAAUAAGUGCAGCGUGUUCCAUUUAAUAAAAAAAUCUGUAAAUAAAUUUAUUUGAAGCAUUUGUUGGUGACUAUUGCUUCGUUUAGUUUUAUAAAUUGCAUUAAUUAUUAAUUAUAAAUAAUAAUAAUUAUUAUUAUUAUUAUGAAUAUUGAAGUACAAGCUUAUUUAGCUAUUGAGUAGUUAAUUUCAUUUUCAUCUACAAUGUAUAGAAAAAUAUAAUUAUAUAUAACUUUUAUAAUUAUAAAUAAAAAGGAUAAUUGAAAAAAAAAAGAAAUAUAGAAUGAGUUAAAUUUAUAAAGACUUGUAAUUAAGAAUAUUUUUUACAUUUUUGUGUUUGAUUCCAAGUAAAAGUAAAUGAAAAGUCUUAAAAGUGUUUUAUUUUUUAAAAUAAAUAAUUUUUAAGUUUCUUAUAAAGUAAUAAUUUAAUCUCUCAUCGAAUUUAAAAAAACUACUAAUUAACAGUUUCAGUUUUAUCACCUAUAGGAUUUAUUUUUAAAAAAAUUUAUUUUUUUUUAUUUAAAAAAUAAUCAAUAAAAUUUAUCGAAC